AUGCAGGCAAAGAGGAAAAAACAAGGGGCCAGAGCUUCAGAUCCUUGCUCGUGUUCGGCACCUGUCUUUGGGAAUUUCUAUUACAUCACCAUGCUGCGGGACCCGGUGUCACGAUACCUGAGUGAAUGGAAGCACGUGCAGAGAGGCGCCACGUGGAAAACCUCCCUCCACAUGUGCGACGGCCGGAGCCCCACCCCGGACGAGCUCCCCACCUGCUACCCGGGCGACGACUGGUCCGGGGUGAGCCUGCGGGAGUUUAUGGACUGCACCUACAACCUGGCCAACAACCGCCAGGUGCGCAUGCUGGCCGACCUCAGCCUGGUGGGCUGCUACAACCUGACAUUCAUGAACGAGACGGAGCGCAGUGCCAUCCUGCUGCAGAGCGCCAAGGCCAACCUGAAGAACAUGGCCUUCUUCGGGCUCACGGAGUUCCAGCGCAAGACCCAGUUUCUCUUCGAGAGGACAUUCAACCUCAAGUUCAUCUCCCCCUUCACCCAGUUCAACAUCACGCGGGCGUCCAAUGUGGACAUCAACGAGGGGGCCCGCCAGCGCAUCGAGGAGCUGAACUUUCUGGACGUGCAGCUCUAUGAGUAUGCCAAGGACCUCUUCCAGCAGCGGUACCACCACACCAAGCAGCGCGAGCACCAGCGCCACCGGCAGCGGCGGCUGGAGGUGAGGAGGCUGCAGCGGGCACAGCGCGCCCACCGGUGGCCCAAAGGGGAAGGGACCCCCGAGGGAGCCGUCACCGAGGACUACAACAGCCAGGUGGUAAGAUGGUGACCCACCAGCACCACCACC